UCAGUGACGCACCACUACACACAGCUGCUCAGCAGGGAGAGGUAAAAUAAACAAAACUGUCGUCAUUCGGUGCCAACCACAGCGUGUCAGAGCAGACGGGGGGUCCCGCUCCCUCCCCUGAGAUCCUUGCCCCCACGCCCCAAGGGGUCCCCAGACCCCAGGUUGGGAACCACUGUCCUAAAGGGCAGUGCGGGCACAACGUUGAAGUUUAGACCAUCAUGCCCUUUGCUCCAGCAGUGGGACAGGAAGUGCGUGUGUGAGUGUCCCUGGUUGGAUCUGCUGGGAUGAACAUGCCACUGCACCAAAUCUCUGUCAUCCCCCGUGAUGUCACCUCGUCGCGGGUGUCCGGCAGUGGGAAAGCUAAAGACAAGGACAAGCAGAAUGAAAAGCCUUUGGGUCAUUCUGCCAGCAGGUCCAGCAAUAUAUCAAAGGCGGGGAGCCCGACUUCAGUCAAUGCUCCGUGCAGUUUCUCAAGGACGUCAGUUUCGCCCUCCAGCCAGGACAUCUGCAGCAGCUCGCUGCUCAGUCAGGAUCAGGACUGUCAGAAGCAGACUGCAGUAGUUCUGUUGAGUUCAAACGGUAAAACGUAUCAAGGGUCAGGAGGAGUUUCAGUCGCCACUCUUUGCACGGACACUGUGCAAGCAUCCAAACAAGCCAAACAGCGAGACUGGCUCUCCCUGCUCCGCCCUUCCUCCGUCAAUAUCCGCACCAACGGCUCGCUCAGGUUCUCGGCCUCUCUGAAUGACGUCGGUCAGCGCGUGGACACUCUGUGUCGAGGGCUGCACUUUAUCGACCGCACCUGCUCAGAGGGGGAGCUGGAGCUGAAAGCCGAACCUGCACCACCCGCUGCUCCGGAUCGUAGGGCGCACACGCUCAACGGCAAGCUGGCUUCAUCACCCGCUCACCAAAACCAAGCCUUCUCCACACACAACCACCCCCACCUCGUCCCCUCCUUCACCAACAACUACAAAUACAUGCUGGACGUCCCGCCGUCAAACUGUCUCGCCCCACCUCCUCCACCGCCACCUCCUCUUCCAAACAACCACCUUCAUCCACAUCCCUCUCCCAGCUCCAACUUCCUACGUCUCCUCCUCCCUUUCUCCCGCUCCUCCACCUCAGCCAGCCUGCAGUGCUCUGAGAUGGGCAGCUACGCCUCUCACCUGCACAUCGCCAAAUCCUCUAGCGCCAUGCUGGAAGGCAGCGAGGCCGGGUUUCCCCAGGAGGAGCUGCUGGGAGAUGAUGACGUCUUCGAGGCGUCCUGCACAGCUACGAAGGGAAAGCAGGAAACCUCAGACACCUUCACGACAGCAUGGAAAGGUGCUCAGCUAGCCCCCGUGUGCUAUAUGGAUGAGGACAGCGACCUGGACUGCUGUCCUUCCCCUUUCUCAGAGAAAACUGAGCCAAUGUCACCCUUCUCUCUCAGUGGGGACUGCUGCAGGAUUUGUCACUGUGAAGGGGAUGACGAGAGUCCUCUGAUCACACCAUGCCACUGCACGGGGAGCCUGCGCUUCGUCCACCAGUCCUGUCUGCAGCAGUGGAUCAAGAGCUCCGACACACGCUGCUGUGAGCUCUGCAAAUACGAGUUCAUCAUGGAGACCAAGCUGAAGCCACUGCGAAAGUGGGAGAAGCUACAGAUGACAGCGAGCGAGAGAAGGAAGAUCAUGUGUUCUGUCACCUUCCACGUCAUCGCCAUCACCUGCGUGGUUUGGUCGCUGUACGUUCUCAUCGACAGGACGGCAGACGAAAUCAGACGAGACGGAAGAAUCCCAGGUGUCACUGACUGGCCUUUCUGGACCAAGCUAGUGGUGGUGGCGAUUGGCUUUACAGGCGGACUGGUGUUCAUGUACGUCCAGUGCAAAGUCUACAUCCAUCUAUGGAGGAGACUCAAGGCCUACAACCGGGUCAUAUAUGUGCAGAACCGUCCCGACACAUGUAAAAAGCUGGUGCUGGAGAAGCCGCCUCUCCUGGAGCCAAGUCUUGAGAACAAGGAGGCGCUGGCCCCGGCCCAGUCUGACACAAACUCCUCCCAGUACACAGAGACAGAGGACUACAGUAUGGAGGUGCUCCACGUCUGACCAUGCGGUCCAUGUUCAUACACACACAAACAGAGCCAGAGGGAAGAGCGGUGUAAGUGGAAAGGAUUCUUAACGGAGGAAUAAGCAGACCACUUCCCUUCCUCUGAUCCCGCUGACCCCUCAUCCUUUUCUGGUCAUUUUAUAAACCCAGAACUCAGCCAGAGACCACCAGACCGGGUCUAUCUUCUUCAAUCAACAUCCAUCCUGCCAGAUUUUAUCCCUCCCUCCAGACUGUUGCCGCUUUUCUUUUCCCAGGACCGGACUGUUUUUACUGACUUCUGUAAAUGUCUGAAGAGGCCUGGAGCACACCAGUCUAUAAACACAAACACACUUAAAUGUUCACCUCUGGGAGAGCAGGACUGAGACAAACAGACUCAAAAUAAGGCUCUGGAGGACUAUACAUCUCUGAUGCGUGGUUUGUUUACUUGUGGGUUUGUUAGAUAUGUUCGUUUUUACCUCCUGUGAGUGUCGGGUUAGCCUGCCGUGGAUCAGUAUGUAGCGCCACGCAUUGGAUCUCUGGAACAAUCCAGCUACUGCCAUCACCGCUGGUCUGUCAGCCCUGAGCUGGUCUGGAUCGGACCAGGCCUUGAACGAAGCACUUUUGUUUUUUUUAGUUCCCAAGACAACCUCCCCCCGUCCAUCCUCUUGUUCUUUCUUAUGUCUUUCGUGUUGUACGAUGGGGAGAGCGCAUGCAAACGAACGUGGAAAUGUUUGUUUCCUGUUUAUUUGUCUUUGCAUUUCCUCGUACGCACAUGUUUAAAGCCCUUCCAUGGAUGACAAAAAAGGAAAUGGGGUUAAAAAAGGAAUCAUGUUGGAUGAAAGAUGUGUGUUUUUGUCAAAAUAGAAAAAAGAUGAAGAAAAAGGAAAACCCAGCCACAUGACUUCUCUACCCCAACAUGAAGGCUUUGAGAAUGUAAAGUUUUUAAAAAAUGAUUAAAAAAUAAAUAAAAGGUUAAAAAAUAAUAAUAAUCAAACAACAUUUUUUACUGGUCACAGGAAAUUGCAAGGUAAUUUCCGUGUCUUGAGAUCAUAACGAGAGCCUUUUGACAUAAACAGCGUCGCUCAUGUUUUUCUAUCAUGUGAAUGACACAGUAUUUACAGAGUGAUAUUCCCUGUGCAGUUUUUAAUACGUUUGAUUUGUUCGCUUCGUCACGGGAGACGCUUUGAGAAAAUCUACAGCUGCCUGUUUUAGCUUGCCCCCCGAGUGCUCCCAUCAUGCAGGCCGUGCACUGAUUGGCCUUACAGUGAGUGGGUGUUUAAACUUUAAUGCUUUCAGAUAUUUUUCACUCUGCAGGUCAGAAAACAAGCAUUUACAACUAUUCUUUACAGGAUUAACACACUAGCACAAAGUUUAUACAAGAGAGUAAUGCUAAUACGUUACUUUAAGAUCACGAGCAAGCAUUUUCUGCUUUCUAUCUCUCUCUUGAGAAGUCUAUUUUAAGAUUUGAUCACAAGAUUGUCAUAAUGUUUCUCUCAUUUGACUUUUUCCUCACAUCUGCAGUUUAAAUAAGGCCAAAUGAGGCAUUUCUUUUCUUAAAUGUCUCAAAAAAGGAAGCACAGUUAAAACUGCAAGUAUGCUGUUUUUGCUCUAAAGAUGACAUCUUCUUUGCACCCAUCCACAGAGAGCUUUCAUAUUAAUGCUGCAGCACAUCCUUAUAUUGUGACAGUCAUCAGUUAUGAGAUGACUGCAGCGCCCCCUCCUGGUGUGGAGCAGGGUGUGCAGCCUAAGAAAGGCAGCAGUGGAUUUCUCAGGGUGAUAAUGUGUUUUGUGCUUACAGUCAUUAUAAGUGCUUUUGUGUACGUGGGAGCACAGCGAUGCUGGGCUCAUGUUGAGCCUCACAGCCAUUCCAGCAGCACAUACACACAUUUUUACAAACCGUCUUUGAUACCAGUAAACUGUCUGUGAACAACAACUAAGGUCCAACAAACAUACCUGACUAUUACUGCUCAGCAGCAGCAAUAAAUGAAACCUGCUUUUUGAGUUUUGCAGCAAUGCAAACUGUAUUUUGUGUAUGAGCCCCUUUGUGACAUGAGAUCUGGAGUCUAAUAUGAUUUAAAUGUGUAAUUUGAGCCGAGGGAGUUGUUGUGUGUCAAGUUGGAUUAAGACCUAGUAAAGAGAAGCUUCUCUGAAACUUCAUUACCCAUGAGGCUCAGUGCAAUUAGACAGAUAAAAAGUGCAAUUACCCUUUUGUUGUUCUUCUAUUCUGUAGUAAUGUAAUGGUGUUUAAUGUCCAGGAUAUCUUCUGGGAAUACAAUGAUUAUUUCUUCAUUUUUUGUGUUGUAUUUAUUUUUAAAAGAAAAGAGAGUAAAAUUUGUUCAUUUAAAUCCCUUUCAUUAGUAAUUUUAUGCAAUUUACACUUUGUUUUCCCAGUCAUUAAUACAGGAAAUCACUUUUUCUUUUGCACUUUAUCAUUAAGAUAUUAUUAACAUUGUUAAAAAUGUGAUUGACUUCCAGUGUGAAUUCCCUUUAUUUCCCUUCAGAGUUUAGUUUUAAACUUUAGACAGCAUUAAACAGAAUUUAACUUGAACAUAUUUUAUACAUAAAACAACCUGGAAUAUUUAGUUUCCUUGACAUGGAGGAUUUUUUUUAUACUCUCUACUCAUAGGAGCUGGCUCCUUUCAUAAAGUCUGAGAAGACAUUGUUAUGUCGUCCUGAAGACAACUGAGACCACUUUAGCCGACAUGUCCCUCUCCCAGAGCAGCUUUCGCUUUCUUACCUUCUUUCUGUCAUCAUGGAUUGAUUUUUGCUUGUAUAAAUCUUUUAAGCAGCUAAGAGUGAGGGCACUCUCAGGCUCCCCCAUCCCAACUUUUUUUAGGCAUAAGUGUCAACUUUUCUGUCUUUACCCUGUUGCUUAUAUUUUUAUCAUGUCUGGGAAGAGUGUAACUUGCAUAAAGCUACAUUUGUUUACUACUGACUGGACUUGAACAUAUACGACUGUUUCCCCUGUCUUAUGAUAUCAUUCCACAAGUUUGUUUGUGAAUUUUCUUUGGGAUAGUAAUUGUAAAAAAUUUGGUAAAAGUACUUAUGUUUUUAAAGAAUAUUGAUGUGUUUUCAGUUUAAUUUCCCAUUUGAACAAAGUAUGUAGAGUUAAAAAGAACAACCAAAUAAAAAUUAAGUUACUUUUAA